UUCAUUUUCGUAGAGUUGGCAGGGGGCAUAUCACGCAUUAUUUGUUUUGAUGCUGAUUUCGUUUCUCAACAUAGUAAUAAAUGUAGUGUCAUGGCUGACUUCGAUGCAAUUUACGAAGAAGAAGAAGAAGAGGAGACUGAAGUUCCAUAUGAAGAAAGUUAUGUUACCCUUGUCCCAGACCCAGUUGUUGUUCGUGGAGCAGGCAAUAUGACGGUGUUUGGGUUAAGCAACAGGUUUGAAGCAGAAUUCCCAAAUGGCCUUGUUUCUCGUGUCGCUCCGGAAGAAUACAAGGCAACAAUUAUGCGUGUGAACAGUGUUUUGAAGAAAACCUUGCCUGUCAACGUCAAGUGGCUGUUUUGUGGCUGUGUUUGCUGUUGCUGCACGUUAGGCUGUUCCUUGUGGCCUGUAAUCUGCCUCAGCAAACGGACUCAGCACUCUAUAGACAAGUUACUGGAGUGGGAAAACAGUCAUUUGUACCAUAAACUUGGCCUGCACUGGAGACUUGCCAAGCAAAGAUGUGAUUCAUCAUCAAUGAUGGAAUAUGUUCUUUUGAUUGAAUUCAUUCCAAAAAUUCCAAUAUACAGGCCUGACUAAGAACCUGAAGAUCGUUCCUGUGAGACAACAAAAGUUCUAUCAUAACUAGCGUGUGAAUACUCCACAGAUCAUUUCAUUGACACAGUUGUCAUUUGUUUGGAAUUGUCUGUGAGAUUACAAAUGUGUAAAGGACAUACAUGUUCAUCCAAAAUAUUUAUGUUGAAAAUCUCAAAUGCUCUUCGUGCAGGGACUUGUGUUUAGUAAUGAUAAGGUUGCCCACUUUUGAUUGUUAUAGGUUUUAAUAUUAUUUUAUUAUUAAGGAAAGUCUCUUGUAAUUCUUCAGUGUUGUUUGAGAGUCUCUAUAAUAAUUAUUUGGAAAUACUGGAAUGAAAGGCAGCUAGAGCAAGAAAUUAGGUGACUGACAGUUCCUGUGCAGGAGACCUGCUGUGACUGUGAGAUAAUGUUGUGGAAAUUAACAUUAAUUGUGCUUCAUUUUAAAAUUAUUGAGUGGAUAAAAUGAUUGGACUUAGUAAGACUGAAAACUGAAAGUUAAAGUACCAGAAAUUUUGAAGUGCUGACAUGUUUGCCCACAAUCAAUGGAAAAACAAUAAGCUUGAAAAUUUACUCACCAGUUUCCAUACACUUCAUUUUUCGUGGAGGAAAAAUGUGUCCUUGUGUCCCAUGGGUAUUUCAAAUGCAUAUCUUCAAUUUUUAAACAUAUGUACAAUGUGUUGGUUUGCAUAGGAGUCUGUGAAAUUAAGCCUGUGGUGUGCUGCCGUAAACAGAGGACAAUUAUUUUUUGUCAUGUUCAUCACAGAGCUUUGGGUUCGAACUGUGAUUCCAGGAUAUAUAACUAUAAAACUGUCACCUGGUUCUUGCAGAUUUCUGGAAAACAGGAAAUAAAAGAAACAGUUUUUAAGUUUAUAGUUGCAUAUAUUUUUGUUGGUUGAUAAUUAGAGUUCUCUGACAUGACAAUAAAAAUGUUAAUAAAAUCAGAACAUUUAAUUCAUUGAGGUGUUUCUGUGGGGUCUGUAGAAGUGGUGCACAAUUGUAAAUAUUAUUCACCAAUAGCUGUUGUAGUUAUUGCAGAUACAGUUAUUUUAACAUAGUCUAUUUUUUUGUGUUCUGUUUUCGGAGAGUUACAUUCUUCACCAGAACAUUAUAUACUGAUAGAUGCAUAUCUCUUGACCUUUGAUUGGAAAUUCUUGUCAUGCAUUGUGGGAACUGUGUUUCCUUCUUAAUUUAUGAUUUUUCAUUGCCUGCAGGUACUUAGAUUUGAUCUCCAGUAUAGCUGAUUUUGAUGAGCUAUCAAUUUAACAUACUUUGUGAGGUAGAAUUCUACACAACAAAGAGUGAUGGAAUGUGGACACCAUGUGUUUCAGUUUAUUUCUUAAUUGUUGUUACUAUUUAGAUAAAGUGUUUUGAAUUAUUGUGUGUGUGUGUGUGUGUGUGUGUGUGUGUGUGUGUGUGUGUGUGUGUGUGUGUGUGUGUGUGUUUGAUUGUUCAGUGGUAGAUGACUCCAUUGCUGUUGGGCUGACCUGUAAUUUUAAUUUCUAGUAUUGACGAAAGGAACUAGGCUGUACAGUCAUUAUAUAUUGCAAAGGAAAUGUUGUUAUAAAUUUAAAAAAAUACAUGUAUAUAGUAAUGACAAAUGAAAUUACCUGUUAUUUUUUUAAAUAUGUGUUGGCCAGGUGGCUGAUACAUCAGAUGUUGGGGAGUUUUGCACAAAGAACCCUUAUUUGCUCUCUUUAGUAUACAAGAACAAAGUUUUGCAAACCGUCUUAAGAUUGACAUCUUAGAUAUUAAAACCUCUGUUUGAAGAGAAGUAAAUGUACUUAAAUUUACAAAUGAUAAUCUCAGCUGAUAAGUCAGUGAUCUUGGAAAGAAGGGAAUAAGUAAAAUUUGUAUGGGGGUCAUUUGUGAAUAGAAGCAUGGUGCAUGUUAUUUGCUAAGUGUUUACUUGUUGCUGCAUAAGUAAGUCACCUCAAUAACAUAUUUGUGAAUGGUUCCAUGCAGACAAAAACAAGAUGGUAGGGUACCAUUUCUGCCUUACAUAUAUAUGUAUGUAAGUUGUAAACAAUGUCUACAGCUUUCUUAUAUCACAUGAAAUGCCAGAGAAUGUGUGUUGGAAUUAUGUAAUUCUUCAACAACGAAGGUGACAAUGUUUGUGGUGAUAGUUAUAAAUGUGACAUUGCAUAUGACCUCAGCCACCACAAAGAAGAUUUUAUUUGAAAUGUGGUGCUCAUUUUCAUAGGACCUUUUCCCAACCAUUACUUGUGUAUAGGUUAUUUUAUACUGUAAGAUACACCACAUUAUCUUAUUGCGUUUUAUGUCUUGACUGAUUUGAUUGGGGAUGCAUUCAUUCAAUUUCUUGAUUUAGAUAUUCCAACUGUGUGUGUGUGUGUGUGUGUGUGUGUGUGUGUGUGUGUGUGUGUGUGUGUGCGUGCGUGCGUGCGUGCUGUGCUUCAGAACUUACUUGACAUUUGUUAUUGUUAGGUUUCUUGGUAUAAUAUGACUGUCAUCCAGGACCAGAUUUAUUUCAUAUAAUGUAUCAAUGUCAGUGGCCUGUUGGAGAUGUUCAACAGUUUAAAAAUAACUGCUUGAUUUAUACACAUUAGAAGUCUGUGUCAUUGUGGACCAUAUUUAUUUGCAGCAUCAUAAAUUCUUACACACAAGGAGAAGAUUAAUACAUGAUGUGUUGAUAUGCUCUUGUUAAGAGCCCAGUGAUUCUGAGCAUUCAAAAACAUAAGGUCAUCAUCCUGUAGAUAAUGCUAUCUUUCUCUCUUCUGUUCUUCAAUCUUUGCUACAUAUGUUGUGAUGAGUGAAGCAACCAUGUAUUUCAUUUGUGAAGUGUACAUUUAUUUUAUCUAAUGUCACGACCUUUAUUUUUGUGACUUGCUAAUUGGUAUGAAGAAAAGAAAUUUUCUUUACAGAUUUAUUGCUUUCAACACAUUUUCUAAUUUUAAUUCUAUUUAGUAUUUGUGGGAAGAGAGAAGAGAAGCCAUUCACGUUUCUGAAUGCUGAUUUUUAAUUUCAGUUUUUUAAAUACACCAGUGUGGAUUAUCAUUUAAUAGGAUUAAAUGUCACAGCAAUCACAAUCACUAUGGUGACUUUUAUAGUAUGCUGUUUCAGUGAUCAUAACACAGGAAUAAAUAAUUAGCUGUAUGUCAGUCAGGUUGGUGUUCAUUGUAAAGCAUUGUUUGUAGUCAGGUAUCAUAAAUGAUCUGCAGUUUUUACUGGUAUCAACACUACAGCGAAUUAGUAUUUGUCUUAUGAUAGUCAAUUUAUCAUGUCAAGCAUUGCUGAGCUAGUGUAACACCACAGAUAUUACACCAUUUUGUUAGAAAUGUAAAUUGAAGGCUUUAUACUUUUAAAAUUUCUUGUUGGGACAUCUGUCCAUGUUAUUGGUGGAAGCAGUGGGAAUCAGUGAACAUAAUUUCUUAUGUUGACUGAAAAUAUAGUUUCUUCAAACAUAUUAUAGGACUCCAUAGAAAUGUUACAAGGAAGUUAGUGCUUGAUGUCAGAAAAUGAAUAUAGAAAUAUAUUCAUAUUGAUUUUUGGUUAAAAUAAUCUUCAGAAAUUGUCAAAAUUAUUUUAUAUGUACUUGUAAAGCAUGCUAUAUUGUGCUGCCUGACCCUUACUUACUGUUUUGAAAGGAGUUCUGUGCUCUCUUCUCUCUCUCUCUCUCUCUCUCUCUCUCUCUCUCUCUCUCUCUCCUCCCCCUCUCCCUCUCCCUCUCUCUUUUCCUCCAUUCUUAGCUGAGUGAAGACAGUCUCUGAUUCUCAUUCUCAACAAUGCAUUCUUCAAUAGCAUGACAUUUAAUGGCUUACUUAUAUUUUUUACCGCUGAUGUUUUGGUGUAUAAAGAUCUGUUUAAUGUUAUUACUGUAGGACUUUUCAUACUGUGUAGUGUUUUGUUGCAAACAAAGUAAGUUUGAUGUAGAAUUGCAAAAUUUUGCAUUGAAUAUUUCAAGUACAUCUGUGGCUUGCACUUUCGUGUAGAAAUAUUUGUUUUAGGGGCUGGGGAGGGGGGAGAUUGUCAGGAAAAAAAUAGCUUUCACAGGAAAGUACAUUAUUCAUGUAAUGGUAAUUUGGUUAUAUUGAAAGAAAAAUGAGAGAUUAUCAAGGUGCGGGUAUUGCAUUGAAAGAGCUUAUAUACACAUUACUAAAAUUAAGGUAUAUUUUAAAGUAAUUGAGACCUGCAGCAUGGGUGCAGUUUGCCGUAUUUGUAGAGAUCUUCACAAUGAAGUUUAUUGCACAUUAAAAAUUUUAAGCAUUUAAAAAUAUGAGUAAAUCACAGCAUUAUUUUUUAAGGAUAACUUUUGAUGAUGGGCAGUGUAUUAUGUAUGUACUAGCAUAUCUGCAAAGUAUGAUGGUUGAUGAAAACCUCUUACUGUAAAUUGAAGUGUAUUUGCUGCUGUAGUGUUGUACUCUUCGUUACUGUCUGAGAAGAAACAAAUUCUGAGCCAAGGUAAAUGAGGAGUUUCACUUUGAAGUACUUAAGCUACUAUUUGUAAUUGUAAUUUAAGUAACACUGAACAUACCAACAGAAGGUGACAUUUUAUACAUCACCUCUAGAAAGUGUGUUAUUUGUCCAACAUUUUUAUUGAGAAUUUGGAGGAGAUAAGAAUCAGUAAAUACAUAGUGUUUUACAUACCAUAUACAUGAGUUGUGUGUUGCGGUUCAAAGGUUACAUUACAUUUCAACAUUUCACCUUAAGAAAAUGUUACUCCAAAAAUGACAUAGUAACAAGAAUUAAGAAAAAUAAAGAUUUUUCAAUUAUGUCUUACUUCAGAGAAAGUAAAUGAUUCUUGUAUUGUUUGACUAGGUUACAAGCACAAAUCAAAUGUUUGGAAACCUUUGUUUUCCCUCUGUUCCUACAUAGAAGGUGUUUUGAAUAAAUGUCCUGUGUUGUGCAAUAAAUUCAGAUCUGUUACCUGAAUUAAUGUUAUCAAAUACUAUAUAACCCAUAAUGGUCAGCAGUGUUCAGUGGUCUGUACUAGUAGUUAUGGAAGCAAUGUCACUUUGUGGCACUGUUGGUUGAAUAACUUUAUGCAGUUAAUUUUUCUGAGAUACUUAUGAAAGUAUUUGAUGUUCCAUGUCUAUAAGUAUAAAGUAGCAUAAUUGCUUUUAGCUAUUUCUGCUAUGUAGAUAUUAUUUCACUGUCUUACAAGAAGAGUGUCUGUAUAUACAUGUGCAUGCCUAAAAACUUAUAUGUAAUUCUAAGCAGAUAGACACUUAGUUCUUUUUAUUAAUCAGUCAUUGAUAAUUCAGUUGAAAAUAAACUGCUGGAAGACUCA